AUGUGCUCUUUCAAACUCGCGUUCGCCGUGCUUUCCCUCAGCGCUCUUGUGAUGGCGGGUCGUCAGGAAGGGUUCGGAAGAUCCAGAGGGAUCCAGGGACCGACGUUCCUCCGAAACGUCACCCGCGCCGGCCGUGAAGCCUUCUUCGCGAUCGUCUCUAAUUCUUCGCUCACCAUCUCCGAAAUCGAAUCCGAAUCGACCGCGUGGGCCUCAACCUACGGAGUCUCGGUGAGCCACUGGGACCAUUCGCCAACUGAUUAUCGUUUUCAGGAAGCUUACGCAUCCUUCGCCGCCAACGAGACCGCCAAAGCGAGCGAAUUGCAACAGAACGUGACGACGGUGCUCGGCAACCUCUCCACAGUCCGCAGUUCCUUGGAGACCAUCCUCGACAACAAGAACCAGACGGUUUCGGCGCAAAAGAAAGCGAUUGAGGCGCUGAGAGAGGAGUCGCCGGUGGUUGGUCCCUUUCAGUUGGUCCCUCUUUCAUUGCACACGUUCAGGAGGUCGCCGCUCUCUUUUUCAUCGCCGAACUGUCGGCUCCGCGAGCAUUCGGAUCGUUCUUCGGAUAA